AUGUUAAGUGGACCCGUGCGUCCAAUUUUGAAUUCAUAUCCUAUGACUAGAUUUGGAACACAAAAUCGAAGCUUUAAUGCUUCAUAUUAUAAUCAGCAUGAAUGGUUAGAAUAUAGUAUUUCUAAAGAUGCAGUUUAUUGCUUUGCUUGCCGUAAUUAUAGUAGUGGUGCUAAUGAUAAUUGCAUAGAUAGUUUUACUCAGGCUGGUUUCAUAAACUGGAAGAAGCUUAGUGGUUCAAGGGGUGCUAUGGGAAAUAAACUAAGUAAGCUCUUUGCUCAUUCUGGAACAAAACAUCAUCUCACUUGCAUGACUAAAUGGACUUCACAUAAAAAAACUGAAUUUACUGGUAGUGUCAUGACUCAAAUAUCUUCACAGCACAGUAAGCUUGUAGCAAUGAAUAGGAAUUAUAUGAAAACGUUGAUAGACAUAUCAUUAUUGCUAAGUCGCCAAGGAAUUAGUUUUCGCGGUCACAAUGAAACUGCUAAUUCAUUAAAUCAAGGAAAUUUUAAAGAAAUAUGUGAUGUAAUGGCUAAACAUAAUCCUGACUUUGCUGCAAAAUACUGUGAAAAAACUAAUUAUUCUAGCCAUAGAAUUCAGAAUGAAAUUAUUGAGAUUUGUUCAAAACACGUUAAAGAUACUAUUGUUCAAGAAAUUAAGAAUACUGGUUCAUUUAGUAUAAUGUGCGACGAAGCAAGAUGUUUCAAACAAGAACAAAUGUCGUUAUGUGUACGAUAUUUUAAAGAAUUUAAUGUUAUUGAAAGGUUUUUGGGAUUUAUUGACUGCUCUAAUAAACAAGAUGCUGAAACAUUAACACAAUACAUUAUUGAAUAUUUAAAAACGUGUGGAAUAAAUUCACAAAUACCAAUUGUUGCUCAAUUAUUUGAUGGUGCAAGUGUCAUGUCAGGACGGUUCAAUGGGGUACAAGCAAAAGUGAAAGAAAUGUAUCCUCAUGCUAUUUAUACUCACUGCAUGGCCCACAGAGUAAACCUAGUGGUUUUGGACAUGUGUAAACUUGUUAAGGUAACAAGAAGUGUUUUUAAUACUUUAGAGGCGUUGUAUGUGCAUUUUUCAAAACCUAGCAUUAAUAAAAAGUACAUUGAAAUACAGAUAAAUUUGGGAAUACAAAAAUUAGCAAUCUCCAAGUUAAGUGACUCACAGAAGACUGCAACUCUAGGAAAAGCAAGCAAUCUCAUCGAAGGUAUCAUUGCUUCUUUUGAAAAUUUAAGAACAACUGAAGGCUUUUCUGAGCUUUGGAGUGAGAUAUCAUUGUUUUUGAAUGAGCAUAAUAUAUUGAUUGAAAUUCCAUCUCUAGUUAUUACAAAUUUUAAAAAACGAUUUUCACCAGAAAGUCUAAAGAUGGCUUCAUCCAUAGAUCAUUUUUUCAACCUGAAUUUUAAUGAUGGUCUUCAUUUCAUUAACCAUUAUCAUUCUUUAAUGGAUGUGUCCAAAGAAUGUCUGAAUUCAGAAAUGACAGUGCUAAAAAAUGUUGUAGUUCAAAAUAUCAGUUCUGAUUUGAAUAUUAAUAUAACAGAUGUUAUAAGAGUUUUGUCAGAAAACCAAACAACAUUUCCUAAUUUUAAAAAACUAUUUACAAUAGCAUUAACAAUACCAAUCAGCUCAGCUACUUGCGAAAGAA